AGCUACCGGCGCUACACGACAACAGAGCUCACAGCACAUGCAGCUAGUUUAGGCUGGAGUGGUAAAAAAUCAUUUAGCGCUGCGAACUGGACGACGUGUUAAUUAGGAGCCAAACACGAGCUCGGUGCGAGGCGGCGUUAGCUCCGCCGGUCAUUCCGGGUGAAGUGGACGCGGCUCAAUGGACUUCUCUGAACGCGGGAGAAGCAGCGAGCAAUAUGUUUAUGCUCAGGGCUUCAGCUGUCUGGAUUUGUGGAUGCUGAGUCUACCUUGAAGGACAGAUCAGCAGACAAAGAAGCAUUUUGGGGGAGCCAGUGAAUUUUAGCCUGAAGCAAGCAGAGUAAAGGUGCACACAGAGACUUUGUUAAAAUGGGGGCUGUGAUCCCCGUGCCUCUCUCUGAUGGAUGCGGGCUCAUGCUGUGGUCAUGCCGGACGUGAAGGCUCUGCCAUGUGAGUACUCCCCAGCAGGCUCCCCUGCUGGCUGCAGCAUGGACCUGGAGCCCUGCCUCAGUGAGCUGCCAGACCCUCUAUCUGUCCUUGGCCCCCCGUUGUCUGGGUUCCCCCACCACAGCACACCUUCCUUCUCCAACGUGGCCGCUCCGGCAGGUCGCUGUUCUCCAGGAUGCAACAACAACAACAGUCUUCUUGGAAACCUGGGGCUCAGGUACUGCUCCACCAGCAGUGUGCAACCACUCAAACAGCCCGAAUCUCGAGUGGGGCUCUUCUCUCAGGGCUGCAUGAAUUCCGGCAGCAACCGAAUGUACCGCAGCCUGGAGAACCUGCACUGGAGUUCAGCACCUGACCCUGGCGUUUACACUUAUAGGAGUGUAGAAAGUGAGUUCAUUCUCCACUGUACCUCCAGCAGUCAGUGGUACGAUGGGCCUCCUCAGGGAUCACAUGUCUACAGUGUAAUGCACACCCCUGAGAGCAUGGCUUUCUACCCACGCCGUAACCUGGCAAGAAAGGACUUGCCUCUGUUCCCUCAGUGGCUAUUCCCUGCUGUGGAGGACUGGGGUGUAAACGGAAAUGGCCGGAAAGGCCUGAGAGAUAAGCUCCGCCUCCAGAGCGCUCGUGUCAAUGAGCCCCACAAGCCCCUUCGGCCUCAGCCUUUGCCCAACAAUAUCUCCCAUUCUUUUUAUGAUCCGGAAAUGGCUUUGCGCCAUGGUCGGCCCUCCUCCCCAGGGCUGGCAAACAGCCAGAGAGAGCUAUGCGCUCGCCGCAUCACCAGCCCCGAAGAGAUCAAGCAAGAAGUUCUGCGGCGACUGCAGCUGCGCAGGCAGAGGAGCACGCCUAACCUGGCCCUCAGCUCAGGUCAGGAAGCUAACCUUAGCAAGUCUUACACCUCUGAACCAGUCAACAGCAUUGCCCAGUCCACUCCUGAGAGGAAAAGGCCUCCAAUGGGCCGCCUACAUAUCCCAACGUUCGAGGAGUUCAAGAGAAUGAGGCAAAGAGAGAGCGGUCAGGGUCUGGGCCUUUUCACAGCGCCACCUGGUGGGGGAGGUGGGUCUGAAGGCCAGUGCAGGGAGGGAAACAGUAUGGAAAAAGCACAGGAGGUUAAAGACAAAUUACAGACAGAGGCUAAAACUGAGGCAGAAAUUGGGAAAAGCUGUAUUAACAGUGAAGAUGCAGCCCAGCUAUGUGGUUCCAGUGGCCAGGAGCUGACAGAGGGCAGUUCCUCUGCAGAGACCACAGAUGGACCCAUCUGUACAGGACCUGUGCCUCGCUCUCCUCUGCACUCCCAGACUGCUGCUGCCACAGGAGAAGCACAAGUCCAUGAAGUUGGGGGCACUGGGGCUACAGAUGUAGCUCUUCUCCCUUUCCCUCCCCGCAGGGAGAAUGCCGAGGGGGCAUCCAGCUGCUGUCCUGCUAUCCUCUUGGAUGGGACAGAGCUCUCUAGCUAUGGAGCCAAGAUCUACAAGAUGAAGGAGGACCUCCUCGGAUCAGCCCUGGACCUCAUAAAGAAGAGCUGCAGUGCAGACAUCAGCGCCGAAGCCCCCAUCAGGCUGUCACGUGACCCACACGACGGCGCUGACAUCAUCAGUCCCCAGCCCGGCCGUCAAUCUGCCCGCGUUGCCAUGACAACGCCGGCCUGCGGAGAAGAGGCUUGCACUGAAGCCACAGGACGAGAGGGAGAAGAGCCUGCAGAAUGCAUCUCUGGGUCAGGAUGCAGGCGCUCCAGCUCAGACGCUGCCUAUGAACCGGCCGAAUCGGUGAGGGCCCAGCGCGAGUGUCGUCUGCGGCCCCACUACAGCGACCCCAUGCCCGCUGAUGCUGCCAAGCGCAAGCAGCUGGAGAUGAAGAUCGCUGCGGCCGCACGCCUCCACAGUCAGCGGAGGGACAGAGAAAGUGGUGCAUGCAUAGUUAGGGGGCGCUCUGAGCCCAGAGGAGAAGGCCGGAGUGGAGGUCUGGGUGUGAACCGCGCAGGCCAACACCGCUGGAGCACGGUCAGCAGUCUGAGCGCGGACAGCGGCGUGGUAGGGCUGAGUGACGAGCGCGAGGAUGAGGAGGAGCCACGGCGGGCCCGCCGUAGUGCUGGAGCAGAGGUGGAGCGAGUGGACAGUGGCAUUGGUCCUGGGCUGGCCCGAGGUUGGAAGAGACCCUCAGCGUCUCUGAAGGCCUGGGAGGCCCACCGGCCAUGCCCGGACUGCGGCGACAGAGAGGGCACUCAAGGAGAGGGAAUGUGCGAGCGCUGUUCAAAGCUACGGACUGAGCGCAAAGAGGCCAUUCUGGAGUUUCUCAACACAGAGUCCAGCUAUGGGGAGGACCUGCGCAUCAUCAAAGAAGAGUUCUACUGCCCCAUGCAAAGUGCAGGGCUGCUCACGGCUGAACAGCUGGCUGUGGUCUUUAGCAAUGUGCAGGAGCUAAUUGAUGUGAACGACAGGUUUACAGAGCACUUGCAGGACAGCAUUGACCAGGCUUUUGAUCAGGGAGAUGAGGAUCUGCUAACUGUAUGCAUUGGAGAAAUCUUCUUGGAGUUUGUCAACAUGCUGCCAGCCUUCCAGACCUACUGCUUACAGCAGUCUGCAUCUGUAAACAUGCUUAAUACUCUGGAGAAGGAAAAAGAGCUGCUAAGGAUAUUCCUUGAUGUAUCGCAGAAUGAUAACACCGCUCUGCGGCGCAUGAAUCUGCGAUCGUUCCUCAUGGCUCCACUUCAGCGUGUAACCAAGUAUCCGCUGCUACUGAGUCGCAUCAGCAAGGCCACUAACGAGUGUCACCCCGACCACGCCCGGCUGAGGGAAGCCAAGAGUCGUGUGGAGUCCCAUUUGGAGCACAUCAACAUGAAGACCAAGCAGGAGGGCACAGCAACGUGGUCCCUGCGCUCCUUCCGCCGUGACAGCCGCAAGAACCGUGAGGUCAUCAACAUCGAGAUGAGAGAGAUGUCCAUGAAGACGGUGGGCUGGGCUCGGGAGAGCACACGCUUCAUCAUGGAGGGUCCGUUGCAGCUUUCACAGCCUGCAGAUGGCCAGUGGGUGAAGAAAGGGAGCAAGUCCCUCAAGUUUCAGAACGUUCAGAGUUUGCUCAUGGUGUGCACACAGCGCAGCACGGAGGGAGCACCUCCUGCAGAUGGUAUAAGAGGAGAGCAGCAAGAGACCAUUGAGACGGUGCGGGAUGGUGUGCUGGUGUUGAUUAAAGAUAAAAGUAGCGGUAAGUUCACUGUGUUGAGGGAGCCCAUCCGUCUGGCCAACUGUGUGGUAUCCUCCGACCCUGACUGUGACGACACUUUCGAGGUGCUGGACAUUCGCCGCGAGGCCUUUGUUUUCCGUGCCUCUGACAAAUCGCGCACACAGCAAUGGUUUCGUCAGAUCAAGAGGUAUGCCUGUGAUCUGGGAUUCUGGAGGAAAAGACGCAAUGCACUCCCCAAUAUUAUGAUCAACACGACCCAGAGCCGCUCCUGAGACUGGGCCCCGCAGCAAAUAUUUUCCCUAUUCAGCCUAAUUCUGCUGUAAAUAAUGGAAAAUAUUCAUUCAAUUGACAGUAUUAAAUAAAGGGAAAAUAGAUCUUAUAUUCCUUUUUCCUAAAGGACUUUAAUUGUGGGGUUUUACUGUGAUUUAAAAAAAAAAGAACUGUAUAAUGAUUUGGACAAGAGUGCACUUUCUAUAAUAAAACACUGACUUUCCCAAAAAGACAAAGAAGAAAAACAAACUUUCGUGUGAAGUUUCAGCUGUUUGGCAGACCAAAAUGAGGACGUGGUUGGGAACAUCACUGGCCACUGAUUGUAUAAUAUUUCUUAAUGAAGUACAUGUUUUCAGCAAUGACGUGGUUUUUGGUAAAA